AGUGGCGAAGAGAACGUAAGCCGGAACUCUGCGAAGGAGAGCUGUCAGCUGGAGUGGCAGUAGUGCCAACAGCAGGAGCCGGAGACGGUGGCGAGAGUUGUGUGUGUGUAGUACUAUGAAGUUGCCUUGGGGUUGAGACUGACACUGGGAAAAGCAGGAAAAAAAAGUACCAAAAACCACAAGGAUGCGUUUGCGUGUGUCUUCAAUGGUGUUUGGGGGAGCUGUGAGCUUAGCAACCCUCGUGUUGCUGUACCAGGUGUUUAACUUGACUCCAGACAACCGCCCACCAGGUGAUCAAAAGGAAAUCCUCUCCCUUGAGUCUCGGUUACGGAGGCUGGAAGCAGACAUCCAGGCCAAUCAGCACACUAUCUCGGAGAUCAAGCGUCUGGUACAUCAGCUGGCUAGCUCCAACUCUCGAGCAAAUUCCAUAUUGGGUCCCCAGUAUGGCAUAGUGGCAGCCAAUAAGUUUUCCAGGAAUGGCAUAAAUGCAAUUAGCGUUGCACAGGCUCCUGCACCUGGGUCCCCUCUCAAGAGCUCCCUCUCUCCGAUACAUUACAACCUGACUCGAGCGGCAGUGAUGCAGGAUGACUGCAUCUUUGCCCAAGCUGUGCCGUCCCCUGCUGACAUUCAGAUGGAAAAUGUCUAUAACCUCCUGAAAUUUGACAACCCUGAUGGUGGCGUGUGGAAGCAAGGGUGGGACAUCCAGUAUGACGCAGCACAAUGGUCCCAUGGGAAGAAGCUUAGGGUAUUCGUUGUGCCACAUUCUCACAACGAUCCAGGUUGGAUAAAGACAUUUGAUCAGUACUACAGUGACCAAACUCGUCAUAUCUUGGACAACAUGGUGGAGAAGCUUCCUGUGGAUCAGCACAGAAAAUUUAUCUGGGCAGAGAUAUCAUACUUUUCUAUGUGGUGGGAUCAGCAGACCGAGAGUGUGAGAGAGACAGUGCGGAGGCUAAUAGAUCGUGGUCAGCUGGAGAUCGUCACGGGCGGCUGGGUCAUGAAUGAUGAAGCAAAUCCACACUAUUUUGCCAUGCUUGAGCAGAUGAUUGAAGGACACGAAUGGCUCAAAUUGAACCUAGGGGUUAAACCCAACAAUGGAUGGGCCAUUGAUCCAUUUGGGAUGACUGCUACUAUGGCAUACCUGUUGAAACGCAUGGGUUUGGAGAACAUGUUGAUUCAACGAGUCCACUACUCUGUCAAGAAACAUCUGGCUAAAGAAAAAAACCUAGAAUUCAAGUGGCGACAGAAUUGGGAUUCUGGGUCAACUACAGAAAUAUUCUGCCACAUGAUGCCAUUUUACAGCUAUGAUAUACCACACACUUGUGGCCCAGACCCCAAAAUUUGUUGUCAGUUUGACUUCCGAAGACUUCCUGGGUCAGGAGUUACCUGUCCGUGGCGCAUACCACCACAGCUCAUCAAUGACCAAAAUGUGGCAUCCAGGUCACAGAUUCUCCUGGAUCAGUACCGCAAGAAGGCUCAGCUGUACCGUACCAAUGUCCUCUUGAUCCCUCUUGGCGACGACUUCCGAUACGUGAGGCCAGAAGAGUGGGACAACCAAUUCAAUAACUACCAGAAAAUUUUUGACUAUCUGAAUUCACACGAGGAAUUGCACGUAGAGGCACAGUUUGGGACGUUGUCUGACUAUUUUCGUGCUGUUCACGAGGAAAGUGACUCCCCAGGUGGAGAAGAGCAGGAGAUAUUCCCAUCCUUGUCUGGGGACUUCUUUACCUAUGCAGACCGUGAUGACCACUACUGGAGUGGUUAUUAUACAUCCAGGCCAUUCCAUAAGAGCUUAGACAGAGUCCUGGAGGGCUAUCUCAGGGGAGCAGAAAUGUUGUAUACAGCAAUGCUGGCCACACAGAGUGUGAUGGGUAAAGAUCUGGUUGAGCUGGCUGAUGGGCUGAUGGGUCGGCUGGUGUCAGCUCGCAGGAACCUGGCACUCUUCCAGCACCAUGAUGGCAUCACUGGCACAGCCAAGGAUCAUGUUGUUGUUGACUAUUCUAACAGAUUGAUAAGGAGCGUCAAUGAGUGUCAGUAUGUCAUUCAACAAGCAGCGCAUUACUUGCUUGCUAUUGAUCAGCGUAAUUAUGCAGUAAAGGAAGGAGCACUGUACUAUGAGCUCGGAGAAAAAUACACGGAACACAAUCGGUUGGCCUCCAAAAUGAUCCUGGCCCUACAGAGCGGCUCGUCAGUGCCAGUGGUAAUCUAUAACUCUGAUGCACACCACCGCUUCGAGCUUGUUACGCUGAGAAUUUCCAGUCCUUUCGUGGAGGUUAUAGGGAAGAAGGGUAAGAUGGUACCAUGCCAGGUGGAUCCAGUCUUCAUUCAAUCAGGAGAGGCCUCGCCCACAAUGUUUGACAUCACGUUCUUGGCAGACGUGCCUUCUUUGUCGCUCACGACGUACACCAUCAAAACAGUAGAACCUGAAAGUGUUAAUUUAGAGCUGGUGAGCUAUGGGAAGGUGAUUGUGCGUGGAAUGGCUGCUCCAUCUGUGCCCAAAGUUUUUAGUGCCGUUGAGGAGAGCAGCACAGGAUCAUUCACACUGCACAAUAAUCAAGUUCAAGCCACGUUCAGUAGCAGUGGCCUUUUGCAGUCCAUGACAACUCAAGGGCGCACCAUGCCAGUCUCUCUGGAGUUUGUCAAAUAUGGAGUCAGAAAUCAUCGUGAAACUGCUGGAGCAUACCUAUUCUUGCCUGACCAGGAGGCAGUGCCACUCCCUGUAGGCCAGCCUGCAGUGGUGCUCAUCCAGGGACCUAUUAUCUCCACCGUGUCAACUCGACUCAAGAAUAUCCUCCAUACGGUGAAAGUAAAGAACUCUCCAGGUGUAGAUGGUAUGGGUAUAGACAUCAUUAAUCUGGUGGACAUCAAACUGGAGCACAACUAUGAGUUUGUCAUGCGACUCAACACACCAGUUAAGAAUGACAAUGUGUUCUACACUGACUUGAAUGGCUUCCAGAUUACUAAACGAGUGAGGUACGACAAGCUACCCAUACAAGCGAACUACUACCCUAUUCCAUCACAGGCAUUCAUUCAGGAUGAAGAGAAUCGUUUUUCAGUGCUGAGUGCCCAGCCUCUUGGUGGUGGGUCCCUGGCGAGUGGCCAACUAGAGAUAAUGCUGGACCGGCGCCUGAUGCAAGACGACAAUCGGGGUGUAGGUCAGGGCGUGCAAGACAACGUUCUCACAUCUAGCACUUUCCGUCUCUUGUUGGAGCCCCGCAUUACCACUAAGGAACCUGGCUCAGGCCAUCAGAAGUCACCAGCCUACCCAUCACUCUUAGCUCAUGCCGGACUCCAUAGCCUGCUGUAUCCUCUCUACCCACUUCUUCCAACAGCAAAGGUUGGUCCCAUGCAGCCUUCCUGGGACAUAGGCGGGGCAUUGCCUUGUGACGUACACUUAGUAAACCUGCGCACUAUGCUGGACCCACCGCGUGCCACUGUUGGUCAAACCUCCCACUUGGUCCCUCAUCCACCUGGACCCGUGUCAUCGCUCACUCUCCAUCGUCUUGGCUUUGAUUGUGGUUUUAAGUCCCCAGGGUUGUCAUGUUCAACCAACGGAGGAAAGGUGCGCUUGUCGGAGCUGUUUCCCAACAUCUUUAGUGAGCAGGUGCACCAGAUGUCGCUGUCAAUGCUGUACGAAGGAGUGGAUAUGACUAAGUCGUACACACUGUCGUUGCAGCCCAUGGAGCUAUACACAUUCAGACUCUCACGCAGUUAGCUACGUGCGCCACAGUCUCCCUUACCUGUUGUGUGCAGGCUUGUCUUGUAACUUUUGUUAAUUUUUGAAUAGUUUGUUGAUAUCUGUAUUAUACUUUUAUAUGCUGUAUAAUGCUUGUGAAAGUUUGUCAUAAACUAUAGAUUUUGCUAAAAAUGUUGUAAUUUUUAUAAAUUUUCUUAAAUGAUAAAAUUUCUGAAAUGGAUAGAUGUAGAGUUGACUGAAUGUAUACGGGUGUGAAUGUUUGUGAAUUUGCACUUGGUUUAUGCACUAUUUUAACUCUAUGAUAGCACUAAGCUGGAAGCUUUGAAUGUUCAGAGUACCACACAUUGUACACACAUGUCACAAGACAAUUAUAUACAGUUGAGCAAAGUCUCGAGAAUCCUGUAAGUUUUGUAGAGAUCUAUUUUUUAUAAUUUUUAUUCACGUCUUGUGCAAGAGUUUCCUAAAUGUUACUUUCCAAAGAAAGAGUUUUUUAUGUUAAGUUAUUCCAAUAUUGUCUUUGCAUAUCCCCUUGGACCAAUUUGUUAGUGUAAGAAUCUUUAAAAGACAAUAAUGAUAAACAGUGAUUAAUAAGAUGUAAUUACAGGAGGAGAAAGUUAGCAGGAUAGUAUUCAGUCUCUGGAUAGGCUUGUUUGUGGGUUAUUGGGAUGUGUGAUGAAAUGUGACUAUUUUUGAGGCUGUAAUAUUCCUGACUUCCAUCCCUAGGGUCAGUGGUAUGCACUCAGCCAUCGCAUCUUGUGAGGAGUCAUGUCUCUGGUUGGCAUAGACCUGGUCAUUGUCAUAUGUCUGGUGGACACAGAUCUGGACACUGCCAUGGCUCUGGCUGGCACAGAUCUGGUCCUUGUUGUCUCUGGUGAGCAUAGAUCUAAUAACUGUUAUGUCACAACCAUGAAUUAAAUCCAUUUUUGCCAGACUUGGGUCUCCCCAGUCACGUGUGGACAAUGGCACAUACAAAAGGGUAUAGGAGGAAUUGACAUAUGAGACGUUAAGUCAUUGUUUUGAAGUUACACUGGAUUAAAUGACUCGCUUAAAUUUAUUGUUGGGGCAGAGAUACAUCUGGUAGUAGUGGCUGCUUUGCAAUUUCAUAGGAAUUAUAUGAGUUUGUUUAGUGUACAAAUAACUUUCUAUUAUGUUAGUAGUAAAAUUAUACAUAUUGAAAUCCUGUGAGGAGUAAAAGAGCCUCGUGAUUCCUGGUAUGCUGUAUAGUUAUUCAUGCUUGUUGUGAGGACAUUAUCCAGACAGGUAUAUGGCUCAGUCUUAUGGAUGUACUACAUGCUACCUUAUCUUAUCCCCCUACUCUCCUCCCUCUCUCCUGCCCUCUCUUCCUCCUGCCCUCCCUCCCUCUCUGUCCUAACUCGCCUCACUGCCUCUCUUCCCUUACUCACUUUCCUCCUUUAAUACUUCCCUCCCUCCCUCACUUAUUUUCUUGCCCAUAGGAACAUCAGUGGAAAACUGUCUGUGGUUACAAGAAAACAGUUGGUUAUAACCUGGAGGCAUAACACUGUGACCAGUGGCAUCCCCUCUCGUGUUCCACUUGUCUCAAGUGUAUGACGGUGUGCUCCAUUUUUGUCAUUAUUAAUUAAAUGCAACACUCGACUUCAGUGUUGGAUUAUAUUUAGUGUCUUUAUUAAGGCUGCAGUGCAGAAAUGAUGUUGGGCUUAUGAAUGUGAUGACGACAUGCACCAGCGUACUUUACAAGGAAACACUGCCAUCACUGCGGUCAGGGUGCAUGUUCCUUGGUUUAAGAGUUUUAUCUCUUUUAGUACUGACAAGGAUAUUAUGAUUACCAUAUUAUAGAAACUAUAUUUUCCUAGUAAUUUUAUGUAAAUUAUUAGCAUUUGUGAUAUACGGUAGAGGGUUAUGGUCCUACUUAUUAUUUGAUUUUGUAUGUGAUAUAUGAGGUUUAAUAUAUAUUAUUGUAUGAACUGCAUAAGUUUUAUGUAAAAAUAUUUGCACGUUAUUUUCUGUGUAAACCAUAUGAUCCAUGUAUUCUGAGAUGAUGGUAAUAGUAUUGUUUAUCUUUUUAUAUUAGUGUGAUUGGCAAGCGUUACUCUAGAAAGUGGCCCUCCCUGUGUGGCACCAUGUGUGGCAUCCUUUGUGACAGUGUAGUGUUUUGAAUAACAUGAUUCCUCCACUCCUUCCCUCGCAGGCAUGUGGACCUGGAUAUAAAAUGAUCUACAUAUUGUGUUCUUGUGAAAGCAUAACACUGAACAUGGUAAUUUGUUCUAGUUCUUGGCAACAGGCCUGAAUCCCAACAUAAUUCUGAUGAUGAUUACCGCUGAUCCCAACUUCUCCCACCAAUGGGGUCAUCUUUCCGUCAUUGGAAUGAGGCGUUUGUCAAAGACUCGCACCAUGUCUUUGUUUGGUGAAUGGUUUUGUGUGACCUGGAAAUCUUUUCCAUGAUUAUCUAUGAUUGUGUAUAUACAGCAGAUGAGAAGCUUCUCUUUAUACCUUACCUUGGAACUAUUUCACAGAAACACCGACUGUUUCAGUGUAAGCAUUUGGUGAUUGAAUUUUAUAUCAUAAGUUGUGUCUGAUAGUUUUGUUUAAUUCCAGUGCAACCAUUUUAGUGAGUUUUCUUGUACCAUUUGAUAGAACACAACUUUAUUUAGAUAUUAUUUGUCUAAAAAUAUACAAUGAUUUUGUAUUAUAAUAGUAAUACAAAUACUAUGUGAUAAAAA